GUUUUCGUACGGAAAGACUACUUUGAAGAAAAUGUGAUUAUGUCAUGUCGGUACCAACCUAUUUAUCAAAAGGACUAAGUUUCGGCAUUGAUACAUUAAGCAGAUACAUCUCUUCGAGUCCUGGAGACAGUGUUAGCGUCAGACGUAGCUGAGGAGUAACGAUAUUGGAGAAGGUCUUGCUCCUGUCAAAUGACACGAUUUUGACAUUUACCAAAAUGAACAUUUUUUUAUCCGGAUGAUUCGAUAAAUAGCUGAAAGAUAUAUGUACAGAUGCACGUACCAAGUCAAUAUAUGUCUGUACCAUGAAAUAAUUAUUUUCAAGGGAUUCGGUCAACCUAACUAUUUUUGACAUUGGACUCGAUCAGUUCUUUCUACUUGGUCGAGGUUACCAGCGGAAUAAUGGUGGAUGACGAUAGGAAGUCCUGUUGGGUGUGCUUUGCUACAGAGGAGGAUGAUAGGGAUGCAACCUGGGUACAGCCUUGUCGCUGUCGAGGAACAACCAAGUGGGUCCAUCAGAAUUGUUUACAGCGAUGGAUAGACGAAAAACAGAAAGGCAACAGCACUGCCAAGGUGGCUUGUCCACAGUGUAACACAGAAUACGUUAUCAUAUUCCCGAAAUUGGGCCCAAUGGUUUAUAUUAUGGAUGUUGCUGACAAAGUAAUCUACAAAAUGUGCCCAUUUGUUGCUGGUGGUAUAUUUAUUGGGUCUGUUUACUGGACAGCAGUGACAUACGGUGCUGUGACUGUGAUGCAGGUUUUAGGCCAUAAGGAGGGUUUAAAUGUGAUGGAGCGAGCUGACCCGUUGUUCCUCCUCAUCGGCCUGCCCACCAUUCCUGUCAUGUUGAUCCUGGGUAAGAUGGUUCAUUGGGAGGACUAUAUACUGAGAUUGUGGAGGAAACACUCUGCCAAACUGCCAUUCUUCAACUACCUAUUUUCUGAUGAAUGCUCGAAGAACAUGCGGAUCCCAGCCGAGACUGCCCCUCUGUCUGACCCAUUGUGUGCCACACGUGUCCUGUGUGGGGCCCUCAUCCUGCCAACCAUUGCCACGAUCGUAGGGAAACUCAUGUUUGGUUCAGUCCAUUCAAACUUCCAAAGAACAUUGCUGGGAGGAAUCGCAUUCAUUACCAUAAAAGGUGCUCUUAAGAUAUAUUACAAGCAACAGCAGUACCAGCGACAGGCCAAUCGUGUCAUCAUGGACUUCCCUAGUGAAACACAGAUGUAAGGUCAAGGUCAUCAAAGAUUAAGGUCAAGGUCAUCACAGAUUAACUGCCAUGAACUGGACUUGGUCAACAUAGAUGAAAAUCAUGGACUUAUUUUAACUGCAUUAGUUAUCAAGCAAGAAAAUUUUUCAGACUCUAAAUGUUAGAGUGUUGUCUUGGAUGUUCAGCCAGGGACCUGUUCGUUUAUGCAGUCAAACUGUGGUUCAUCUAUUUUUACGUAAUAUUUCAUGCAUAGAUCUUGACAGACCUGCGGAUGUCAUUACAGGCCUGGAAAGUCUUUGUCAAGGCUCGUCUGAAAACAACAUAAAAUCAUGAGGUCUUUCCUUGUUUGAUAAACAACUUGUUUGGACCGCAGUAAACAAAAUGGCCUUGGUACCUGAGAUAGAUGUGUGUUAGCAAUACUCUACAUAUCUAUCAAUUUUGAUUAUAGGGGGAAAGGCUUAUGGCAAGACGAUUAAAUAGCUUUUGUUUUGUUAGUAUUUCAAAUAAACUGCAAAAUUGGUAGGCUUAUAACCAGACAUGGGCUUAUUGUUGAGCAAUUGCAGUAUGUCACUGGUUAAAAGGGAUAUUUUCAUUCCAUAGGAAAUACUAGGACAGAUGCUUUUAGCCUUUUACUGCAGUUUUGAGUGGGUUUUAAAGGAGCGGAAGGAUAUUGUUUAGCAAUAUGCAAUAUGUAUACAUGUAUAUUGUAUUUAUCAACAAAGAAGCCCCUGCUCACAAAUAUGCUGUCUUCUUUUUGAAGAAUCAUCAGUUUUGAAAUUGUGAGCUGAAAAAUUCGCACAAAUAAGCCCUCCCCAAACUUGUGAUAAACUUUUACAGUAGAGGAAGGGGCUUAUUUGAGCUUUUACAGUAGAGGAAGGGGCUUAUUUGAGCUUUUACAGUAAAGGAAGGGGCUUAUUUGAGGGUUAAUGUAUAAGUUACCGAGACAUCUGCCAUGCAAGUAAUGUUGUUCUAUUUCUGUUUUAACUGAUAUCAUUAUUCUUAAUAUUUAGUUAUUAAAUGUUAAAAAAAUCAUUCAAGAAAAAGGUUUCCACUUUAUUUGUUAACUUAUUGACUUAUUUACUAUUUCAUGAAUUCAUUGUGAUGUGUAUUAACUUCAGAGUAGUUUAAGAUUAAAUGUACGUUCAAUUCUGAUAUUUAUAGGGUCAUGACUCAUCAGGCAAUGCCCCUAUCCCCUCUACCUUGAAAAAUCACUGCCCUAUUAUGAAUAUUUUUGCUGUGCGAUUAGUCUAAAUAGUAGUAAUAAAAUUUGACCUGUUAAUUAGCUAAAGAGCUCAUUGAAAUAUUGGUGCAUUUUCCUUUGAUAUUAGUGUCAAUUCUUGUAAAGGUAUAGGUAUAUAUACAUGUACAAUGUAUAUAUAUACAGUGUAUAUAUAGUUACUAGGUGUCAGCACACCAAGUUAGACUAUAAAUAGUGGGCAGGCUUAUUGUCAGGCAUGGGCUUACUAUUAAAUAAAUAUGGUACAGAAUUUAUCAACAAAUUUAU